ACAAGUAAUUCACUUUUCCUAAACAUCCCCUGCAAUCAUGUUAUCUAUGUCUAGACUCGGCUUGGGCAUGUCCAAAACCGCCCUUAAAUCCUCGGCCGUAUACCGUCCUACCCUCGUCAGAGGCAUCAAGACCAUUCCGCAACCUCCGGGAUAUAUUGUGGGAACCGUUAACGAUGCGUACGUUCCUCCAAAGCCAAAUAAGACCCAUGGAUCUUUACAUUGGGCCCGUGAAAAAGUCGUGACGGUGGCCAUGAUCCCCUUCAUUGGCUAUCCAUUUUUGGCCGGUACCACCACGUUUGUGGAUGCCUCCAUGUCAGGUUUGUUGUUGUACCACUGUUAUGUGGGAUUCCAAUCGUGUAUCAUUGACUAUAUUCCCAAGAGAGUGUAUGGGGCCUACCAUAAUUAUGCCAUGUACCUCUUGACGUUUGGAAGCGGAGUGGCUGCCUACGGUAUCUACGAGCUUGAAAAGAAGGAAGGGGGGGUCACCACCAUCAUCUCCAAGUUAUGGAAGGCAUAAGGAGCUCAGUAUUUAUUUGGGUCAUUUUAUAUUCAUCAUUACAUGAUCAUAAGAGU